AUGGUCCUUAAAUUUGAGGAAGGAUGGUCCUCCUUGCAGAAAGGUAUUACCGAAGUGAUAAGGAUCAUAGAAGAAGAGCCGGAACCAGCAUUUAAACCUCAGCUAGGUGUCAAUCUUUACACGACAAUCUACGAUAUGUGCACCCAAAAACCAGAUUACUCACAUCAGCUUUAUGAGAAGUAUCUUCAAGUAAUUGAAGAUUAUACUAUCCAAACGGUGUUGCCUUCUUUAAGGGAGAAGCAUGAUGAACAUAUGCUAAUAGAGCUUGUUAAGAGGUGGAAUAACCAUAAAAUUUUGGUUACAUUUUUAACCAACAUUUUCCAUUAUAUCGACCGUUACUUGGUUCCUCGGACUAAUAUUCCAUCACUAGAUGAAGUUGGAUUGACAUGCUUCCUUGACCUGGUUUAUUCUGAGAUGCAAUCCAUGGCCACAAAAGCUGUAGUAGCACUUAUUCAUAAAGAACGUGAGGGCGAAGAGAUUGAUAGGGCACUAGUGAAGAACGUAUUAGAUGUCUAUGUGGAUAAUGGGAUGGGAACCACUGAAAAAUAUGAAGAGGAUUUUGAAAGCUUCAUGCUUCAAGAUACUGCUUCUUACUAUUCUCGCAAGGCGUCAAGGUGGAUCGAGGAGGAUUCUUGUCCUGAUUACAUGAUAAAGGUUGAGGAGUGUCUAAAGAGGGAGAGGGAGAGAGUCACUCACUAUCUCCAUUCAAGCACUGAACCCAAACUAGUUGAGAAAGUACAAAAUCAAUUGUUGGUAAUGGUUGCAAAAAACCGUCUAGAAAAUGAGCAUUCAGGGUGCUGUGCAUUGCUAAGAGAUGACAAGAAGAAUGAUCUCUCUAGGAUGUACAGUCUUUAUCAUCCAAUCCCUCAUAGGUUAGAACGUAUUGCAGACUUAUUCAAAAAGCAUAUUACUGAAGAGGGGAAUGCCCUUAUCAAACAAGCUGACGACGCAACUACUAAUCAACUACUAAUUGAGCUACACAAUAAGUACAUGGUUUAUGUCACCGAGUGUUUUCAGAACCACAGGUUCUUCCAUAAGGCAUUGAAAGAGGCAUUUGAUAUCUUAAGAAGUCAAGGAGGAAGUGAGAAGAAGUUUUAGUGAUGAAGGUAGGGUUUGAGAAAGUAAAUCUUUUUCUCUUCUUUAUUGUUUCGGAUACUACAUCCACAUGAACAAAGGAACUUGGCCAAACUAGAAACUAGAGUUAAGAUAAGAGCUAAAAUCUAAACCAAACCAGUUUUAUAGAGAGUCUCAUCAUUUAGUUUUGGUUCUUAAAUCAUCUAAGACAAUCAAAUAUAUCAUGUUCUGUUCCUUUUCAAGUUUGACUAGGAUUUGCUUUCUCUUUUUUUUUUCAAAUAGCUUGGAUUUAAUUUUUGUAACAUGGGAUAUUGUAAUAGCAACAAGAGUCAAAAAUCAUUGGCCGAUCGGUCCCAAACCCAUCAACUUUAAUGGGUUAAAUAUGUCCUUUUUAAUCCUAAUUGGUUGAUGAGUCUAAUGUGUUUGUAACAUGGGAUAUUGUAAUAGGUUUGAUGGGUUACCCAUUUUUGUUUGUUUUUCUCAUCACCAUCAUCAUAUCAUGAUCAUCAUACAAUCAUCAUCAUCAUCUUCUUAU